AUGACCUCUCAACCCCCAGUCAAACUGAACUACACAUACUCCUCCCAUCUGCACCAAUACGCCCUUUCACUCUCGACCUUCCGCGCCUCCAACCCCCAAUACACGCAUUUCGUAGUCGGCGGCCUCAUCUACUCAUCUACAUGCAACUACAACUGGAACACGCCUGCAUCUCCAACAAACACCAACAAUCCACUCCCCAACUCAUUCCCGAAAUCAAACCCAACUCCACAAACACGAGUACUCCUCCUCCAACGCUCCCAACACGACUCCCUCCCAGGCUUCUGGGAAGGCCCCGGCGGUCUCUGCGAAGUAACAGACGACUCGAUCCUCGCGGGAGCAGCGCGCGAAGUCUACGAAGAGAGCGGACUCCAUGUCUCCCGGUUCGUGGAUCUCAUUGCGGUGGAUGAGUGGACGAGGGUGAAGAGUGACGAGGUGGUUCGGGCGGCGAAGUUUACGUUUCUGGUGGAGGUGGAGGAGGCGGAGACGGUGGGGUGGGAGGAGAUGGUGAAUCUGGAGCCGGAGGAGCAUGAGGAGUUUGUUUGGGCAACGGAGGAGGAGGUUAAGUAUGGGGUGGAGGGGAAUGGGAGUAGGUUGAGGUUUGUGGGCGACCAGGGCAAGACGUUGCUGAGGGGCUUUGGGUUGUUUGAGGGGAGGGAGUGA